AUGGCAACGAAGGCGGUACACUUGGAGUUAGUCUCGGACAUGUCGAGCGAGACUUUACUUGCUGCAUUUCAUCGAUUUACCAGUCGACGUGGCUUGAGCAAGGAAAUCUUUUCGGACAAUGGAUGUAAUUUCAAGGGGGCUAGUUCGGAACUACAUGAGCUGUACCAACUAUUUCAAAACCGAACGACCGUCGACGAGAUCGAGAAAUAUUGUCAGCCAAAGGAGAUCGUGUGGCAUUUCAUCCCACCCGAAGCGCCAAAUUUUGGAGGUCUUUGGGAGGCAGCCGUCAAGAGCACUAAGUACCUUCUAAAACGAACGCUCAAGGACGCUAAACUGACAUUCGAGGAGUUUGCAACGGUCCUGACUCAAGUAAAAGCUAUCCUAAAUUCGCGACCGCUGUUUGCGAUCUCCGCUGAUCCCUUAGAUCCAGAAGUCAUCACGCCCGGCCAUUUUCUUGUUGGUCGUCCUCUGAUUGCUACCCCCGAGCCAAGCUACGACAGUACUCCGAUGAAUCGACUGUCUCGGUGGCAAUACCUGCAACAACUGAGGGAGCAGUUCUGGAAGCAGUGGAGAAAAGACUAUCUUCAGAGCCUGCAACCGCGCAGCAAGAAUCAAAAGACACUUCCAAACAUUCGCCCUGGAAUGAUCGUGUUAGUUGAGGAAAGAGAUUUGCCUUCGCAUACCUGGAAGCUGGGCAAAAUCGUGAACAUCUACCCGGGACCAGACAACCUCGUACGAGCUGUGGACGUUAAAAUCGCCGGAGCGAUUUAUCGACGAGCCGUAUCCCGAAUUUCCAUCUUGCCGAUCGAAGACAACUGCAAACCUGAUUGCAGUGCUUCAGAGGAUUCUUCUCAGCCCGGGGGUGCAUGUUCGCGCCCAAACGGUUCGCUCCGACAGUGAACCAGUUGCAGCGCGUGUGAAACACGCAGCAGAAGAAAGAGAGAGAAGUUCUAGAAUUCUUAACGUUAACGUUUUUUGCAUUAUUCUCGUGCGCGAUCGAAUUAAUUCUCUCACACCCACACAUUUGAAUUCUUACGAUUCUCUCCCAUGCGCGAACGGUUAAAAGCGCGAGCAAACGCGGAGAGCGUUGUUGUUGGUUUAGAACUUUC